AUGAAUCUCAGAUUCCACCAUGUGAAUUACCGGAGAAUCUUUGCAAUCGGAGAAGAACCAAGCAGGGUUAGGGUCACCGCAUACCGUAAACCAUGCGCUUUGAGGCAUAUUUUCAACGCCCUAGAUCCCGACGAAGUUGAACGGAUUCGAGGAUCGCAAUUUGGAAGGUUAUUGGAAAUAGCCGACAAACCAUCGUUCUCAGGGAGGUUUGGUAGAUAUAUUAUAUCUAGACAACUUAAAGUGUCGAAGAAGCAUGAAGCAUGGUUCGUCUUUGCCAAAAAACCGAUACGAUUUUCCCUUAGAGAAUUUGCGAUUGUGACAGGAUUAAACUGCGGGAGAUUUGCCAAAAGGUCUAAGAAGAGAUGCAAGAGUCAUAUAACGGAGAAACCAUACUGGGGAGAACUGUUCGGAACCCUUAAAGAGGUUCCUAUUUCAUCUGUUGUGAGGAUGUUGCAGAAGAAGACGGUGAAUGACAAGGAAAUUAGGCUGAAGUAUGCAUAUCUGUCAUUGCUGGCGGCUGUCAUAUUGCCGACGACCCAUACACCACGUAUUUCUCAUGACCAAGCUGAGUUAAUCAAAGACUUGGAUGCUUUUCUUGCAUUUCCUCGGGGGCGGCUAGUCAUGAUUGAAGCCGUUCCUGCUCUGACUGGGGUGGUUCAGGACGGUAGUUCUUCUGGAUCUGAAGAUGAAUCUGGAGAAGCUGACGGAGACAUUCUGGACGAUGACAAAUCAGACAAAAAGAGCAUUCACCCUGGGCAUGCUCGUGACAUAGACUCUGAGGGAAAGGCCGUCGUGCAUUCUAUUAUUCCUGAUGACAAUAACAUUGUCAACACAGCUGACGGCGUUGCUUGGUCAGACGACAAGGACGAGACCAUAGUGGAAAAUUUGGUUAACUUAGUUGAGGAGCGGUUUCCGUUCUCACAAACUUGCUUUCCUGGUGGUGUAUCUAUAGUGGAGGCAUUUAGGAUGCGUGACGAGGCAAAGGCGGAAGCUGUGAACCGAAAGAAUAGCAAGCCGAAGGCGACAUCUUCGACCAUAAUCCAAGAAGGUGUUGACCCUUAG